AAAAAACUUAUUAUAUUUUGCGUUUAUAUUUCCAGGAGGUUAAGAUAAUGUGUUGCAUUUAGUUGAAAAUGAAGUUUAAUUACAAGUUUUCCAACUUGGUGGGCACCGUAUAUCGGACAGGAAAUAUCUCAUUUCUAAAAGAUGGUGACACAGUGAUUAGUCCUGUGGGGAAUCGAGUAUCUCUGUUUGAUCUGAAAAACAACAAAUCUGAGACGUUACCGAUCACAACGAAAUAUAAUAUCGUCACCGUAGCCGUUGCACCUAAUGGGUGUACUGCUAUUCUUGUGGAUGAAGAGGGAGAAGCGACACUAAUAAGUCUCAUCAGCAAAUCUGUUUUACAUCGACAUCACUUCAGGAAACCAAUUAAAUGCAUCAAAUAUAGCCCCGAUGGCCGCAAGUUUGCCGUCACUAAAGAUAAUCUUGUAUUGGUGUACCAUGCUCCUGGUAUGUCAAGAGAAUUGAACCCGUUCCAAUUACAAAGAACAUUUUAUGGAGCGUACGGUGAAACUACAUGUAUAGAUUGGACAACUGAUAGCAGAGCCUUCGCUGUUGGUGGUAGUGACAUGAACACACGAGUGUACGCUGCUAUGAAAUGUGACAAUCUGGUCGUGUAUUCACUUGGUGCUCAUAAAGAUGAAAUUAUUGGUUGUUUCUUCGAAGCCAAUUCACUUGACAUAUACACAGUAAGUAGAGAUGGAACACUUAAUGUAUGGGAGUCAAAUACUGAACUUAAAGAUUUGAAAACUCCAAAUAUUGAAAAAGAAACUAAAGAAGAAGAUUCUGAUGUCACAAAUAGUGAUGAAGAACAAAUUGAAGAAAAGAAAUCAAAAAUUUUGUACAAAAGAAUCGCAAAAUAUUUUUUCAACAAAGAAGGCGAAUUCAACAGCGUAACCAGCACAGCAUACCACACAAAAACACAUGUGUUGGUCACAGGGUUGGCAACCGGAGCUUUCCAUAUUCAUGAAUUGCCCGAUUUCAAUCUUAUACAUUCAUUAAGUAUUUCGGAGCACCGUAUAACCGCAGCAGCUUUCAACAACACUGGCGAUUGGUUGGCUUUAGCUUCCAGUGCGUUGGGUCAGUUACUAGUAUGGGAGUGGCAGAGUGAAUCUUAUAUAUUGAAACAACAAGGCCAUUAUAGUGGAAUGACAUGUCUGGAUUAUUCACCUGAUGGAAGAUACAUUGUAACAGGGGGAGAAGAUGGAAAGGUUAAAGUUUGGAACACGAGCAAUGGAUUUUGUUUCGUGACUUUCUCGGAACAUAAAUCGAAUGUUACGGGUGUUUGCUUCACUUCAUCUGGUCAUGUGAUCAUAUCUUCGUCACUAGAUGGCACUGUGAGGGCGUUCGAUUUGCACAGAUAUCGGAACUUUCGAACGUUCACGUCGCCCCGACCGACACAGUUCGUUUGCUUGUCAGUAGAUGGCAGUGGUGAGCUGGUGGCCGCUGGGUCACGUGACACAUUCGAGGUGUUUGUGUGGUCGAUUAGAACCGGUCGUUUACUCGAUAUUCUUGCAGCCCACGAAGCCCCGGUAUCCUCCCUCGCAUUCUCACCAACGGAGUCGAUACUAGCGAGUGGCUCGUGGGAUCAUAGCGUCAUCGUGUGGAGAAUCGGGGACGAGAAAGGAGCAAGAGAAUCGUUCGACGUUUGCCAUGAUGUUAUGGCGAUAACGUUCAGAUCAGAUGGUAAAGAGCUCGCCGUAUCAACACUUAACGCGGAGAUAACUUUCUGGGAUGUUAAGACAGUUACACAAACUGGAUCCGUGGAUUGCAGGUUUGAUAUAGGCAGUGGAAGAAGCGAAUUAGAUAGAGUUACCGCAAAAACAAAUUCUUUUGGAAAAUCAUUCGAUACAUUAUGUUAUACUGCAGAUGGGUCGGCAAUUAUUGCAGGUGGUCGCACAAAGAACGUAUGUGUCUACCACGUUAAUAAUAAACUAUUGAUGAAGAAAUUUGAAAUUUCAAGCAAUUACUCGUUUGAUGCUAUGGAGGAAUUUCUUGAUAAACGGAAAAUGACGGAGUUUGGUCCAUCAGCAAUGAUUGACACAGUUGAAGAAACGACAAUCAAACUACCAGGUGUACGAAGUGGAGAUAUGUGCGCUCGUGCGUUUAAACCUGAAGUGAGGGUGUUCGAUGCUAAAUUCUCCCCAACUGGUAAGUACUUAUUAUAAAUAUUACACUAUAGU